AUGGAGAACGAGCUGCCAGUCCCCCAGACGUCCAGCAGCGCCGGCAGUGCCUGCUACGGCAGCAGCAGCGGUGGGAGUGGCCGGCCCUCGGGGCCCCAGAUCUCCGUGUACAGCGGCAUCCCUGACCGGCAGACCGUGCAGGUGAUUCAGCAGGCGCUGCACAGGCCGCCCAGCACAGCGGCCCAGUACCUGCAGCAGAUGUAUGCAGCCCAGCAGCAGCACCUCAUGCUACAGACGGCCGCGCUCCAGCAGCAGCACCUCAGCAGCGCCCAGCUCCAGAGCCUGGCGGCCGUGCAGCAGGCAAGCCUGGUGGCCAACAGACAAGGGAGCACCUCAGGCAGCAGUGUGUCUGCGCAGGCCCCAGCCCAGUCAUCCUCGAUCAAUCUGGCAGCCUCCCCAGCAGCAGCCCAGCUCAUCAACCGGGCGCAGAGCGUCAACUCGGCGACAGCCUCAGGCAUCGCCCAGCAGGCUGUGCUCUUGGGCAACACGUCUUCUCCGGCCCUGACUGCAAGCCAAGCACAGAUGUACCUAAGGGCACAGAUGCUCAUCUUCACGCCCACGGCCACCGUCGCUACUGUGCAGCCUGAGCUCGGCACUGGCUCCCCCGCCCGGCCCCCCACCCCCGCCCAGGUACAGAACUUGACCCUCCGAACACAGCAACAACCAACUGCAGCAGCCUCGGGCCCUACCCCCACGCAGCCUGUCCUGCCCAGCUUGGCCCUGAAACCCACGCCGGGUGGUAGCCAGCCUCUGCCUACCCCAUCACAGGGCAGAAACACCGCUCAGGGUUCCCCCGCAGGUGCCAAGCCUGGCAUAACUGACAGCGUGAUGGAGCCGCUCAGGAAAGGAGAUGCUAACAGCAGCGUACCGGGGAGCAUGGAGGGCCGGGCUGGGCUCAGCCGGAUGGCGCCCGCUGUGGCCACCCAUCCCCUCGUCGCACCAGCCUAUGCUCAGCUGCAACCGCACCAGCUCCUCUCGCAGCCGCCCUCAAAGCACCUGCAGCCCCAGUUUGUGCUCCAGCAGCAGCCCCAGCCGCCAGCACCGCCGCCACUGCCGCAGACCCGGCCAGCGCUCCAAGCCCAGCCCCACCCCCAGCCUGCCUCGGUCCCUCCCAGCCUGACCCUGCAGCCCAGCCCCGAAGCCCACGCCAUGCCCCUAGGCCCAGUUACACCCGCCCUGCCUCUCCAGUGCCCCACGACCAGUCUGCACAAGGCUGGCGGCACCCAGCAGUGUCACCCUCCCACGCCAGACGCUGGGCCUCAUAAUGGAUACCCUGAGGGCCUGGCCCACACCCCUCAGCGCAGGUUCCAGCACGCUUCAGCUGUCAUCCUACAACUGCAGCCCGCCUCACCACCCCAGCAGUGUGCCGAGGAUGACUGGAAGGAAGCAGUACCUGGGGAGAAGAGUGUGCCCGAGACUCGGUCUGGCCCAUCACCCCACCAACAGGCCAUCAUCACUGCCAUGCCUGGAGGCCUGCCCGUCCCCAAGAGCCCUAACGUCCAGCAGCCCCCAGCUCACGAGACAGGGCAGGGCAUUGUUCAUGCACUGACCGACCUCAGCAGCCCCGGCAUGACCUCAGGGAACGGAAAUUCUGCCUCCAGCAUCACCGGCACUGCCCCCCAGAAUGGUGAGAAUAAACCACCACAGGCCAUUGUGAAACCCCAAAUCCUGACGCAUGUUAUCGAAGGGUUUGUGAUCCAGGAGGGGGCGGAGCCUUUCCCGGUGGGACGCUCGUCCCUGCUGGUGGGGAAUCUCAAGAAGAAGUAUGCACAGGGGUUCUUGCCUGAGAAACUUCCACAGCAGGAUCAUACCACCACCACUGACUCUGAGAUGGAGGAGCCCUAUCUGCAAGAAUCCAAAGAGGAGGGUACUCCCCUCAAGCUCAAGUGUGAGCUCUGUGGCCGGGUGGACUUUGCCUACAAGUUCAAGCGUUCCAAGCGCUUCUGUUCCAUGGCAUGUGCAAAGAGGUACAACGUGGGGUGCACCAAACGAGUGGGGCUUUUCCACUCGGACCGGAGCAAGCUGCAGAAGGCAGGAGCCACGACCCACAACCGCCGUCGGGCCAGCAAAGCCAGCCUGCCCACACUUACGAAGGACACCAAGAAGCAGCCGGCGGGCACCGUGCCCCUUUCGGUCACGGCUGCGUUGCAGCUGACACACAGCCAGGAGGACUCCAGCCGUUGCUCAGAUAACUCAAGCUACGAGGAGCCCUUGUCGCCCCUCUCGGCCAGCUCGUCCACCUCCCGCCGGCGACAGGGCCAGCGGGACCUGGAGCUCCCGGACAUGCACAUGCGGGACCUGGUGGGCAUGGGACACCACUUCCUGCCAAGCGAGCCCACCAAGUGGAACGUGGAAGACGUCUAUGAAUUCAUCCGCUCCCUGCCAGGCUGCCAGGAAAUAGCAGAGGAGUUCCGUGCCCAGGAGAUCGAUGGGCAAGCCCUGCUGCUGCUCAAGGAGGACCACCUGAUGAGUGCUAUGAACAUCAAGCUGGGGCCUGCCCUGAAGAUCUAUGCUCGCAUCAGCAUGCUCAAGGACUCCUAGGGCUGGCAGGCGCAGCCAGGGUUCUGGCCCGGGGCUCCUCCUCCCGACUGAGCAGAGCCAGACAGACAUUCCUGAGGGGCCCAGAAAUGGGGCCAGUUGGAGGGAAGGGCUCUCCCUAUGGGGCGUGGCUGGUGAGGAGGUCUUGGCACCCCCUCAAUGGCUCUCAGGGGCCUUUCUCUCUGUGGGAGGGGCAGAGAGGUAGGUGGCGCAGAAGAUGGGGCUUUAUGCUUGUAAAUAUUGAUAGCACUGGCUUCCUCCAAAGUCCCAAUACUCUAGCCCCGCUCUCUUCCCCUCUCUCUGUCCCCCAUUUUCCAGGGGGUAUACGGUCAGGGCUCCCCAACCUGAGUUGGGUUACUUUCAAGGGCAGCUGUCAGGUCUGGAUAGAGGCCUUGCAAGCCCUUGCCUGCCUUUCUCCCACUUCUUUUUCUGGGCCUGGCUAACUCUUCCGUUGCCGGCUUCUCCCCCCUUCAGCCCGUUUCUGAAGCAGCCAGGGGUUCUCCCCCUUCACCCUCCGCAGGUGGAGAGAGAGAAGCUGGGCCCGGUUUGGCCACGCCUGCUGGCACAGACGCCUUAACGCUGUGUGUGUGACUGGAUGACUGUGUAGGAGCCUGGACUGGCAGGUGGGCCCAGAGCCACCCUCUGGCAUCUCCAGGUGUUCUGUAGCAAACAGCCACUUAGUGCUUUGUCCUGGACUCCACUCAGCCUCAGGAUGGGGAGUAGAACAGAAGGGCAGCCUCCGUGCAGAGAGGCGAGAUCAGAAAGCAGCGAAGAUCAGGAGUGGGCACGCUGUCUCCGAAGUCCUUCCCACACUGUGAAGUCCCCCCCCCCCCCGCCCAACUGCCCUGCUGUGCCACACACAGCAUUAAGGGAGCUGCUGUGGGCCGGGCCGGGCCUGCCCACCUGCCCACCCGCCCUGGGAGCCCCAGAGUGGGGGCCCAGAGAACGUCUUGAGGGCAGAGAAGAGCCGGGGUGACGUUGUCGUGAAGAAGGCAGCCUUGGGCCUCCCGCGUCCACACUUCUUUGCCUCCCGAACUUGCUAGCAAUUUGAGCUACCUGCGGAGGAGGCAGGGCAGGAAGGGCGAGGGCCUGCCUCUGACUUGCCCUGUCCCUGGAGGCUCCUGGGGGAAGAGCGGGAAGAAGGGGGGCACCUCUCUCAGCUUGUUCUAUUCCCCACUCACACCCCCAGGCAGGGUUGGAAAUGAAGGACUUUUUUAACCUUUUGUUUUUGUUUUUUUAAAAAUAAAUCUGUAAAAUCUGUU